AUGACCAACCCCUGCUCCCCGUCUUCUCCUUUCUCCUCUUCUCCCACCUCCGCACACCAUCGCCGGUACGAAGAACCUGCGGCGGCGGCGGCAAACGUGGGGAACGGCGGCCAGGUUGACUACGGCAUUUCGUUCUCGGCGGCCGUAGACGACGUUGAGGGCGCCGAGCUGUCGCCCCCGCGCUGCGAAUGGGAGUUCCGGCUCGCGGCCACCGUGCCGUCCCCGUCGCUGGCCGGCGCGUCCGAGGCCAUCGGCAGCGUCGACUUCGACCCCGCCGGCCGCCUCCUCGCCACGGGCGGCAUCGCGCGCAAGGUCCGGAUAUACGGCGUCGCCGGCCUGCCGUCCUCGCCUAGCCCCGCCGCCUGCAUCUGCGUGCCGGCAAAGCUCAGCAGCGUGCGGUGGCGCCCCGAGGAGGGGGGCGGCCGCGCGGUGGGGUGCGGCGACUACGACGGCGUCGUGACGGAGUACGACGUGGAGCGCGGCGUCGCGGCGUGGGAGCGCGACGAGCACGCCGGGAGGCGGGUGUGGGCGCUGGACUACGCGCCCCGCGGCGCGCCCACGUCCAUGGCGGCGUCCGGCUCCGACGACCGGACGGCGCACGUUUGGGACCCGCGCGCGCCCUCGGGGUCCUGGGCCACGGCGCGGGCCGGCGGCGCCGUGCUGUGCGUGGAGUUCGACCCGUCCGGCGGGCCGCAGCUGGCGGUGGGCUCGGCGGACCGGCGCGCGGCCGUGUACGACGUGCGCGCGCUGGGCCACGGCGAGGUCGCGUCCAUGGACGGGCACGCACGCGCCGUGACGUACGUGCGGUGGGCGCCGGCGCGGCGGGUGGUGACGUCGGCCGCCGACGGGACGCACCGGCUGUGGGAGUGGCCGUCGACGCCGGAGCUGUCGGGCCCGGCGCGGGAGGUGCGGUCGUACAGCGGCCACGUCAGCGGGCGGAGCUUCGUGGGGAUGGGGCUGUGGCGCGGCGCCGGGCUGGUGGCCAGCGGGUCUGAGUCCAACCACGUCUUCGUCUACGACCUCAGGUGGGGCAAGCCUGUCUGGGUGCACCCCUUCGACGUCGCCUCCGACAGCUCCCCCGACGCCGAAGGGUUCGUUAGCGCCGUGACGUGGCUGCAGGGCGACGCCGACUGCGGUGGGGCGCUCGUCGCCGGCAGGUCGGACGGCGUGCUGAAGAUGUUCACGUGCCAACCACGCCGGGGAGAUGACCACCAAGUGGACGAGCUAUAG